AGAAGACAGCUGUUAAGUGUGGUUAGUUCUGUAAACAACGGAGUUGCUCUGUGUGGUGGUUGCGAAAUAGAUUGUAAAGAGUUUAAGAUGAUUCCACGGCCAAAACUAACAAGAAUACCGGGUGAAUUACCCACUUCGAAGGCAGAUACAUACACGCAAGAUCUAACCAAAUUAACUCGGCCGCAGCUACUCGAACUUCGUGAUCGGCAAAUGAAACUUCUUGAGAACAAGCAACGAAUAUCUAAACUGCCAGAUAAAGGUGCGCGUAUUCAAAAUUUCUACGACAAAAUUCUCAAAGAAUUGGCACAACGUGAUGACGUUCAAAAAGCUGCGGAACUCUUUUCUGAUCUGAAUAUUGCAUCAACCGGUCAAGAAAAGCUAACAACCCUGGAGUGGACCGGAAAACUGGACCGAGAAGACAGAGGCGAAGCAAUUCUGGAUAGCGACGAUGAUGAAGAAACCGACCCCUUGAAAAUCAUUGCGCAAGGCUAUACUGCCGAUAAAAUAGUGAAAUACGUUAAGCCCGAAAGAUCUUUGAUUACCGAACAGGAUCUCAAAGAAAUCGAAUCCUUUGAAAGAGAAAAACACAACGGGAGUGUUUGCAGUGAAGCUUCCUCAACACAUUCGAUUGAGCUUGAACCGCACGCUCUGUAUUUAAUUGAGAAAACUGUCGAUCAUCCGCUUUCAACCGAGAAGUUUCUGCCUCAUAAAACUACGAAGAGCAAUGUACAUGAUCCGGAAAAAGAAAAAUUGAGAAAACGGGGAAAAUAUUGGGAGAAUACGGCGGCCACUCCACCACCGAUAAUGCAUUCGGGUACGAAGAUGUUAUCCUUGCAGGAAUCGAUUGAGGUGCAAGCGGAUUAUGAACAACGUUUGAAGCGGGUUCAAGAGGAGCAAGCAAAGGAGAGACUGGCCGCGAAGUUGGCUCAAGGUAGAGAACACAAUCUCGUUUUGCCGGAUGAGGCAAUCCGUAAACUGAACCAAUUUUUCGGAGUCUAUCGUGAGGAUAAUGGGAGUGAUUCGGAUCUUGAAUCUGUUCACGAACUUCAUAUAGCAAGUGACGAUGAAGUUGUCGAUGAAGAUGAGGACCGAGGUCAUGUAACUUAUACCGUCUAUACGUAGUUGAAAUGUUAAGUUUGUCAUUACCGCGAUCCUUUUGUAAGCUAGAAAUUAAUUUUAAAAUAAAGUUUUUUUGAUAAAGAAA